AUGAACACAAGCUACAUAACAUUUUACUAUGUUCGAAAAAUCUUCUUCUUCUUGGUAACACUGUUAACAGAACUCUCCUUACUUAUAGUUGUAUUCACUACAAAAGAUAUCAGACACGUUAUAGAUGCAGUAAUGUUACUUAUCGAAGAAUCAGCAUUUAUAGUUAAAUUUAUCUUUUUCUUGCUGAAUUUUGAUAUACUAAGAGAUAUAGAACAAAUGCUUCAUGAAUUUAACUCUUAUAAACUAGAAUCAUCUGAUAUUAAGCAGAUAAGCGAAAAUUUGAAGCUAAUGACAUUUCUAAGGAAGGUAUAUCGUGGGAGUUGCUUGCUUGGAUCAGUUUUUUACUCAGUUCCUCCAUUACUGAAUAAGCAAAUCGUGUAUGCCCUGCCUAUAACUGCCUAUUUGCCAUACAACAUCGAUUCUGAUUUCAAGUAUAUAUCGACUUUUAUUGGGGAAGUCAUAGCUAUUUUGGUAUCAGCUCACUUGAAUACUCUGGUUGAUGUAAUUAAUGUGAGACUCGUUACUUUGGCUUCUUGUUUGUUGCAAGUUUUGAUGAAUAAAUUUGAAAUUAUCGGCAGUAAGAUGAAGAAGAAUUAUACUGAAGAAUUCAGGAAUUGUCUUGUUUUUCACAACAAGAUAUUAAGGUUUAUAGAGGAAAUUGAAAAGUUUUACCGUUACAUAUCGUUUGCCCAACUAACUGCUAGUGCCACAGUGAUUUGUUUUAGUGCAUUUGGAUUAGCUUCAGUCCCUUUUGGAAGUGGUGAAUUUGGAAUUUGUUUAAUUUAUUUGGUAAAUAUGAUAACACAAGUUGCUCUUUACUGUUGGGUUGGACAUAACAUGCGUGCUUUGAGUGAAAAUGUGGGUAGAGCUUGCUAUAUGUCUCAAUGGUAUGAAACAGAUAUUGAUACUAGAAAAAUGAUGAUUGUCUUUAUGGAAAGAGCUAAACGACCUGUUACUUUAACUGCAGCUAAAAUGUUUCCAAUGACAAUGACAACUUUAACUUCAAUUUUACGAUCUUCAUACUCAUAUUUUGCAUUACUUCAACAAGUAUAUAGUGAGAAAUAA